UACUGUCAAUGGUAUUUUUCUGUCGAUAGUAUUGUCUCAAGCACAAGAUUAAGAUUGCAGCAUCUACGCCGAUCGCUAUAAUUUCACCCAAAUAAUCCAUUUCGUCUUAGGUCGAACAACUGCAUUACGGUCGUAUAUUACCACAUAAGUUUGCAUAAACCGUGUAUAUUUGACGUCUAGCUAUUGAAAUUUAUAAAUAUCAUUUGACAUUAGUUCGAAAUGGUUCAAAAUCUAUCUAGUGCAUUUAGACCAACAAAGUCAUUUUUUUUAAUAAUUGACAAAUAUUUUUCCACUUUGAAGUUGUAAUUGGUUUUAUAUACUUUGACAGAUCACUAUGCGAUAUGUGAUCAAAAAUGCAAUCCCUAGCAAAAGAAUUUUAUGCGAAUUCAAUUUUUGACAGGCGAGUGGAAUUAUAGGUUAUCCAAUGAUAAACGUCAAACUAUUUAAUCCCACAAUGGGAUUGUCGAGAGUGAUUUUCAAGCAAUGUUAUGGAACACCAAAAGUUUUCUGCAGCGUACUAAACAAACAGAAAUAUCUAUCUUUUCAUUUGUGCCAUGGUGCAGAUCAUGAUAAAACGGAUAGUACAAGAUUAUUUACCAACAUGUGCCUUCUGGCAGUUGGGUGUUUUGGAUUGUGUUUGUUUAAAAAGGAUUUUUCCGUUUUCCCUUCUGUCAAAGCUGCAAGUAUAUUUUCUAAAGAUUUGAAAGGAAGACGAGGCCAAUACAAUUUCAUUGCUGAUGUGGUAGAAGUAUCAGCUCCUUCAGUUGUUUAUAUUGAAAUUAAAGACAGUAGAAGAUUAGAUUUCUUUACUGGGCAACCAGCUACAGCUUCGAAUGGAUCAGGGUUUAUAGUAAGACAGGAUGGACUUAUUCUAACAAAUGCCCAUGUUGUAAUUAACAAACCAAACAGCCAAGUUCAAGUUCGUUUACUGGAUGGUACUACAUACACCGGGACAGUUGAAGAUGUAGAUAUGAGGUCUGAUUUAGCAACUGUACGCAUUCCAGUUAAAAAUUUGCCAGUGAUGAAACUAGGUUCUUCUUCAGAAUUGAGAUCAGGUGAAUUUGUGGUUGCCAUGGGCAGUCCAUUAUCCUUAAGUAACACUGUGACCUCAGGAGUUGUCAGUACAACACAUAGACCAUCUCAGGAACUUGGCUUAAGAGGAAAGGAUAUGACAUAUAUACAGACUGAUGCAGCUAUCACAUUUGGGAAUUCCGGUGGACCUUUGGUGAAUUUGGAUGGAGAAGCCAUUGGCAUAAAUGCUAUGAAAGUUACAGCUGGAAUAAGUUUUGCAAUACCAAUAGAUUAUGCAAAAGAUUUUCUUAAAAAAAGUGAGGAGAGAAGUAAACAUCCUACAGUUAGUUCGGCAAUUAGAAAUCGUUACAUGGGUAUCACAAUGCUGACUUUGAGCCCUGAUAUUUUACAAGAACUGAUACAAAGAAAUCAUCCUGUACCUACCGAUGUACAUCAUGGUGUUCUAGUUUGGAAAGUUAUUAUAGGAUCACCAGCACAUUCUGGUGGCUUACAUCCAGGGGAUAUUGUAACUCACAUUAAUAAAACACCUGUAAGAACUGCAUCAGAUAUUUAUUCUGCCUUAGCCGCACAUCAAAUUUUAGAAAUGACAGUUGUGAGAGCUAUGCAAAGAAUUACAGUAAUUAUAAGGCCUGAAGAAACGUGA